UGCGCACUGACUGCAGCCUGAGCAAUUUGUCAGUACUCGUGGGAGAAUUUGGAUACCUGUGUCGUGGCCAUGGAGGAGGCAGCCCCAAAUACGACCGCUCCAGACUUUGACGUUUACGGAGCGAUGGAUUGGAAAGACGGAGUGGGAACGCUGCCUGGCAGUGAGCUCAAGUUCCGGGUCAACGAGUUUGGGGUGCUGGAGGUCGUAACGGACGAGGCAGCAGCAGAUGACGAGAGCGUCAGGAAAGCCCAUGCCACCACCACAUGGAGCGUGCCCACCGCCCAGGAAGUGGUGAAGGAGGAGUGUGCUUCGUGGUCGCAGCGUGGUGCGGUGUGUGUGCGCUGCCAGAGGAAGGGCUCUGCAGUGGACUUCCUGUGCGAGGGACGCUACUGCAGCGAGCACUGUCAGCAGCAGGACCAGCAGGAUGAGUGGAAUUCGAAGAAAGCGGUUGCCAAGAGCAACGGGGAGGUGACGGGGGUCAGCAGGAAGAGACGCCUGCCGCCGGAGAAGCUUCCGGAAGAGACGGAGGCCACGAUGGACGCCGCACCAGAGGAGGAGGACGAGGACUAUGAAGAGAAAGACAACAGGAAGUCGGCGCGAGGGGCCCCCAGGGGCCGCAGGAAACGCAGAGGAGACGCAGCUCUGCUCAGACACACGGUGCCGUACGGGGGCAAGAAGAAGUGCUGGUGCUGGGCCUCUUAUCUGGAGCAGGAGAAGGCCACCGCCGCCCCCAGCAAACUCUUCAAGGAGCACCAGUCCUUCCCCCAGAGCAAGAACGGCUUCCGUGUGGGCAUGAGGCUAGAGGGCGUCGACCCGGAACACCCUGCGAUGUACACCGUACUCACUGUAGCUGAGGUCUCUGGCCAUCGCAUCAGGCUCCAUUUUGACAAGUUCUCCGACUGCUAUGACUUCUGGGUAAACGCCAGCUCCCCUGACAUCCACCCUGUGGGCUGGUGUGAGAAAACCGGACACAAGCUGCACCCUCCCAAAGACCGGAUAAGAGGUAUGACGGAUGAGGAGUUCACUUGGUCCUCCUACAUCAAGCAGAGCAAGGCCCAGGCAGCACCCAAGGCCCUCUUUGAGAACCACAACACGACGGUGACUCCUCAGGGUUUCCGCGUGGGGAUGAAGAUGGAGGCGGUCGACAGGAAGAACCCUUCCUUCAUCUGCGUUGCCACGGUAGCAGACAUGGUGGACAGCCGCUUCCUGGUCCACUUUGACAACUGGGACCAGAGCUACGACUACUGGUGUGAUGCGACGAGCCCAUAUAUCCACCCCAUUGGUUGGUGUCAGGACAACGGCAAGACACUGACCACGCCCCCAGGAUACCCCGUGGAGAAGGGCUUCUGCUGGGAGGGCUAUCUGGAGGAGACGGGAGCAUCUCCUGCCCCCGCCAGAGCCUUCAAACUGAAGCCUCCCCACUGCUUCCAGGUGCAUAUGAAGUUGGAGGCAGUGGACAAGAGGAACCCCAUGCUCAUCCGAGUAGCCACCGUAGUGGACACAGACGACCACCGCAUACAGCUGCACUUUGACGGCUGGUCCGAUGACUACGACUACUGGGUAGACACAGACAGCCCUGAUAUCCACCCGGCCGGCUGGUGCGCCAAGACCGGACACCCCCUGCAACCGCCCAUCAGUCCUCAGGAGCUGUAUGAGACUUCAGAGCAGAGUGGCUGCCCCACGCCGGGCUGCAAGGGAGUCGGACACAUCAAAGGAGCUCGCUACUCGGGACACCACAGUGCGGUGGGGUGUCCGUACUCUGACAUCAACAUGAGUAAAGGCUGCGUGCUGCCGGACCGUGUGAGUGGAGAGAUGCCCGGAAGCACGCCAGGCGUGGGCCGACCCCGCCGAGUGGACGCCAACGCCACGGAGACCAGCACCGCAGAUGGACCUCCUCCAGGCCCGGUUCUGGUUCUGAGUGCUCCAGAGGGGGUGGCCCCCCGUGUAGAGAGGCCCAGCACAGCAGCCUGCAGCCCCAUGGACCAAGUCCCAAAGAAACCCACAGGCACCACCGAACCAAAGAGACGGGUGGGGAGGCCGUGUAAGCCGAAGAAGGUGGAGGAGCCGGUGGAGGAGGAAGGGAUGGAGAGCGAGGUGUCCUCUGUCGCCGAAACCAAAGAGUUGACUCUGCAGCAGGCCCUGCACCAGUCUGUCUUCAUGCCGUGCGGGCCCCGGUGCCCCUCCUCCUCUGGGGGGGCCCUUGGUGUCCCUGGUGGGGCCCCCACUGGUGCUGCUCCUGGGGCCCCCGUGACCCACUGCUGGGACCAGCACAGCAAACUGCUGCCCACCGUAGCGGGCAUCACCGCCAGCACCGUCGCCACCUGGAGCAUACAGGAGGUGACAGACUUCAUUCAAGGCCUGCCAGGAUGCAGGGAGCAUGUCCGCACGUUCAGAGAACAGCAAAUCGACGGAGAGGCGUUUCUGCUCCUGACCCAGGGGGAUCUGGUGAAGAUCCUGAGCAUCAAGCUAGGCCCCGCCCUCAAGAUCUACAACUCCAUCCUCAUGUUCAAGACCGCAGAGGACUCCGCCCACAACGAGCUCUGAGAAGAG